AGUUAUAUAUUUGCCAAAGCUCAUGUAAAAGUGCUAUAAUACGUACGGAUUAUACGACUUUGUUGUCACAACUGUUAUUGAAACGAUGGUAUUUUUGCCGCCGGAUCAAACCACGCAAGCAGCAUCGACUCAACAAAGUCGCCCUGGAAAUGAUCUAUCUAUUUAUUCGUCGGAAGGAAAAUGCCAAUCUAACACAACGCAAGACCAGGUGAAUUUCACAUCGCCUGCGGGCGACGGAAGCAUGUGUAGCGGCACAGUUGAUACGCAUUUCCCGGAACCAGAAUUCUCAUAUCGUUACACUCCUCAGAGCAUGAUUCUGGUACAAGUAAAUCCUGGAGAAACUUUCACAAUUCAAUCAGAAGAAGAAACGCAAUGUAUUCAAGGUCCAGCCCAAGUGCCUAUGGUGUCGCCAAACGGCGCCAUACCACCAAUCCACGUUCCGCAUGGCUACAUUUCUCACGUGAUCGAAGAAAACGGUCUUCGACGAGUGGUGGUGAUUCCAGAGAUGCAACCAACACAUUUUCCAUCAAUGCGACCACAACCAGUUGUUUCUCAAGCACCACACGGCAUGCAACACCAUUAUUCUAUGCAGCCUGCUCCACCGAUCAAUUAUAUGCAACAGAUGAACGUGAUGUCAUUGAAUCAACAAACAACCAUGUUUCCAGCAGGCGACCACUUGUCGAUGUUCCAUCCGCAACACAUUUCGUACGGAAAUCCAGAUGGUUCGGCAACCACAGAUAUCAACAACAGGGUGCCAAGCUUACCUCAACAUCAAUAUCAAUUCCAACUUCAUCCAGCUGACAUGGAUCCUUCUAAUCCAGCUGCUAGAGCUGUAAAAGCGAGGGAAAGAUUACAGAAAAAGCUACACGAGCGACACCAUCAUCACCAACACCAUCUUCCUCCAGAAUCCAACAAGAAUCCUUCUCCAACUUCUACAUCAUCUAUUUCUCCAAGUUCUUCUUCUUCUUAUGGACAGACACCAUCUCCUAACAGCAGUCCUGACACAUCACCGAGGAUUCUUGGUACUUCUAUUCCAGUGUCCUCAUAUCCAAACGGAUUUAAUAACCAGAGGAAAUAUACUUAUCCGCUGCAACCACAUUUGCUCGGAAGUGCGCAGCCAUAUCAGCAACAUUACCCGUCACCGACACAUUCUCCUAACUUUCCACCGGGUAAUAACAAUGGAUAUAGAAAUUCAAAAAACAAUCAACAGGUGUCUCCGAAAGCUAGCACGAGCGACGAAAUGUCAUCGGAAAGUAGUAGCGGUGGUGGAUCACCCCGUCGGGUGCCAGUCGGACCACAUCGAAACCAGCAAGAAAUGGUUACGCAAUAUCAAGCAAACAUGCAACAUCAGCAGGAUUUAAUGUAUCAUUCCAGCUUGCCACAGGAACCUUAUCCAACUAAAGAUGGAAAAUGGGACCUCAAAGAAUAUUUAUCAGCUAUUUUAAAACCAGAGGUUCAUGACGUGCAACCGAGAACUGCCAGAAUCAGGUGGUCGCUUCGUUAUGCCUUACCAGAAGAUGCUGGAUUGCAUUUAAGAAAUCAGACUAUUAUUUAUGAAGUAUUUUUAACCGAUAAAGGAAAAGAUAGCAAUAAAUAUAAAAUGAUACAAAGGGAUCGUGCUUCUUACUUUGAAAUCAAAGAUUUGAAACCUGGUGUGGAAUAUCAUACGAAAGUGCUUGCCGAAUUAAAUUCUACGAAAGGUAUCCACUCUGAAGUAACAACGUUCCGUACUAUCAGUUGCCAACCUGACACUCCCGGUGCUCCUGAGUUAUUUCAACGGACGAAAAAUUCACUCAACUUGAAAUGGGCUGCCCCCAACAGUAAUGGAGAAAAAAUUAUCAAAUACCAUCUGGAAUGGGACGAAGGCAAGAAAGGCAGCGGAUUCCGAAGUUUAUAUACAGACAGUCAAAAGCAAUAUAAAGUAACAAAACUGCAACCAUCACAUGAUUAUACAUUCAGAUUGAAUUCUCAGAACAAGAUAGGUUCAAGUCCCUGGAGUCCCGAAGUGACAUACAGGACCACUGGUACAGCCCCGAAAGUACCAGAUCCACCCCUUCUCAGCAAAGCUUGCGUUAGAAGCCUCGUUCUUACCUGGACAAGAGUGCCAUUGAGUGGCAAUGAUGCCACUUCCGGAUACGCAACCAGGUUUACUCUAGAAAUGGAUGAUGGAAAAGGUUAUGGAUUCAAGGUUGCUCAUGACGGUCCUGAUCUGAGAGCGUCAAUCAAAAAUCUGAACAAGUCAUCGCUUUAUAAAUUUCGGUUGCGAGCAUACAAUAACGAAGGAAGAAGUGGGUACAGUGCUGUUGCAUCAUAUUAUACACUUCCUGAUAAGCCUAAUCCACCAGGAAAAGUUACUUUGAAAGGAAAAGCUCAUCCCACAUGGUUUAAAGUUGCAUGGGAUCCUCCAGAAGAAGACGGUGGAUCAGAAGUUACGAAAUAUGUUUUGGAAUGUUCUCACGAACGGGGACAACAGAUGGAACAAAUUUAUUCUGGGCUCGCUAGAGAAUUUCAUCUCGGAAAUGUUCAACCAGGUGUUUCUUGUCGAUUACGAGUAUUUUGUGUGACAAACGGUGGUACCAGCAUGCCUUCAGAAGUUGUAGUUAUAACACCUCCACCUGUACACCCAGGACAAUGUGCUCCACCAAGGCCUUCGACAAAAGCCAAACCCAAUAUGAUAUAUUUAAGAUGGGAUCCUCCAAAUUAUGAGGGCGGAUCAAGCGUUACGCAAUAUGAAGUAGCAAUGCUUUGUGAACAUCGAGAAAAUACAGGGGACGAAACAAUGUCAUCAACAUCAGAAAAUUCUGUAUCACAAGUAUAUCUCGGUCCUGCGCUUGAUCAUUUUGUCGGAGGUUUGAAACCCGGGACGUCGUAUAGGUUUAUGGUCAGAGCUGCUAACAAAGUCGGCACUGGACCAUGGUCUGAUGCAGUUGACUUACAGACGAGUGCUGGACCUCCAGAAAAGCCAGAACUUCCAAUUCCAGACACUGUAACAUCAGAUUCUAUUCUUCUAACAUGGCAGAAGCCUCAUGACAACGGAUCAGAAGUAACCGGUUAUUCAGUGGAAUGGGGAAGUUCAACUACAACAAUGUGUGUUCAACAAUUAGGUUCUUCUCUUUGUCACAAUUUUCAACAUUUUUCUCCGGAUACUGAUUACUAUUUUCGAGUACAGGCUCAUAAUGUUACUGGUAAAAGUGCGUUUUCUGAUGUCACGACCAUACACACAACACCAUCGUGUCCUGACCGAGUUCCAAAAGUAUGGCAGGGCGAUAUUCUUCCAACAUCAGAUUAUGAUCUUGAUGACGAUACUGACGAGAAAGAAUCUGAAGACGAGGAAAUCGAUACCGACUCUUUUCCAAGGCCUGCCACUUCCGUUAUGGUCAACUGGGACACGCCUGCUUCGAAUGGGUCAGACAUUACAAAUUACAUCUUGGAAGUUGUUCCAAUCAAACCAACAACGCAAACAAAGAAAACGAAAUCACUUAGCUUCUUAGAAGAUGACAUAAUGUUAUUUGAAAUUGAAGGUGACACGAAUUGCCAUUUGAUAUCAAAUUUACAACCGGAUUCCGAGUACAGGAUUCGUGUGAAAGCUGUAAAUGAGAUCGGGUCCGGUAACUUCAGUUUACCUGUUACUGUUGAAACCCAACCUCUUCCCCCAGACCCACCUGUAUUGGAAUGUUCGUGUUCUUCUAACAGUUUGAAAUUAAAAUGGGGAGAUUCAUCAGAUUCAACCAGUAAUAUUUAUCUUCUGCAAAUGAGAGAGAAACAUGGAAGAUUCUUGACAAUAUAUAGUGGUUCUGGUCGGUCGUAUCGAGUGAAUCGAUUAUCGGAGAACACGACAUAUAAUUUUCGAAUCAAUGCUCGCAAUCAUGCUGGUGAAGGACCAUUCUCAAUCAUAAGUAAAUUUACGACAACUACUGCUCCACCUCCACAAUUGAAAAAUUCUCCAACAAUUAUUGUGAACGAUGAUUAUGCAGUAAUAUCAUGGGAAGAUAUUGAUAAUAUUAAAGGCGAUUCUGUGUCUUAUAUUAUUAAUAUUGAAGACUAUGAUAGUGGAAAUAGUAAACAGUCAAUUUCUGUUGAAAAACCUUCGUAUACGUUUGGUCCUGUCAAACCAGGAAGCAAAUACAAAGUACAGAUUGCAUUGGUUCGACAUGUUGUUCGUUCACAACCUGUGGUAAAGCAAGAUGUUGCAACGCAAUUGGAGGAUGCAGACUCCAUAAAUUCGGAAAAUUCUGCUGAGGAAAAUCAACAACAAGAUCAAGAAACUCCUGAAGUUCCUAUUCAUGAAGACAUUGUUGGAAGUUUUUCAAGUUGGGUCUCGUUUGAAGUUCCGUUAAUUAGUUCUACGGAUGAUAACUCUGCGUUGAAGCAGGGAAGCAAGUCAGACUCGUUAUCUGGUCAACUUCAGACAGCCUCGAAUCUUCUGAUGACAGCUCCAGUCGAGAUGUCUGAUGAAAGAAAAGCUUUAGUCUUGCUUGUAACGUUUUUUAUUUUUGCCGUUGUGCUUGCCUUUUUUGUGCAAUUGAUGGUCGGUUAAGGUUUUUAUGUCGAUUGCCGCAUUCCAUAAAUAUAUUACAACCUUGUUUUCGGAGAUAUAUAUGUAUGUAAAGUAAAAAACAGCUUUCAAACCUUGAAUAUCAAUAUUUGGAGACUUGAUGUAUGUGUGACUUCAUAUAAGAAUCUGAUCUGUUUGAUGAACGUAACACAAUCUAAAAUGAACAAAGAUUUUAGGUUGUUGCUACGGGAAUUUGAUUUGUCUAAAAAAAAUUACUGAUUUCAGAAUAAAUAUUAAACCUUCCUCUUUUUUGCAAUGACACAAUUGUUUUAAGUUAUUAUGAAAAAUACUCCAUGAAUAAUUUCUUUCGUUUCAGAGAAUUUAAUAAAUUUGAGAUGUACUAUGCGAUACAUUUGUAUUGCUAAAUCUUAUCAUUUUACUUGGUAUAUUACUUCAAAUUAGCAUGUUAUAAUUUGAUUCACUUUGCCUUAUAAAUAUUGUUUUGAUUCAAAUAUAAUCAGCUAAUCAGCAAGGUAAAUCUUCAUUCAUAAAUUUUUUGAAAUCCCAUACAUACUGAACGCCACUACCUAGUUGUUGUCUCAUAUGAGUUAUUUCUUGAAAAUAUAUUUUAUAUAAAUUUGUUUAUAAGUAAAUUUAUUAUAUAUAACUGGUGCUAUAAAGUCGCAGCUUUUUUAUCUUAUGUGAUAUUUAUCAUUCGAGACUACACCAGACCAAUAUCAGCCUUAAAAGGCCCAUAAUUCUAAUGGAAUUUUUGACGCUUCAAUUUCGAACAUAGUAGUAUGUUCUCCCCUUAAUCUGAUGCAAAACAAAUAAUGCUGAAUCAUCGAAAAAUAAAUUCAAAUAACGCUGAGUCAGCAGAAAAUAUGAUAUUUAAAACUUAGUAUUCUUAAUUACAAGCAGUAUUUCACCCUUACGUACUUUAUGUUACCCAUAAACUAGCAGAUAGACACCAUAUUGCUUGUGCUGAUCAUAACCCCGUGAUCAUCAAUGACAGUGGAUUCUGAGGCAAGAGAUUUUUAUGAUUCAAAUUUAUCUUAUUUAGUCUGCUUCUCUUUUACUGCUUUCAAAAUAACAAAACUACCUGGUGCUUUGCUUACAUUAUAGCAUUUUGUCACUGCCAUUAUAUGGUAAUUUUUUUUUACAUAAAUAUAUAUAAAAUACAGUGCCUGUAUCACGGCAUUCCCUGAAAGUUUCUUUUGAAAAAGAUUAAGUUAAUUCCUAAAAAAUAAAAGUUUACUUUUUUAUCAUAGUCAGAUCAUUUUUUUUAAAUAUUCCCGAAUUAAUAUGUAAAUCUAAUACCUUCUGAGUAGCAAAUGAAGAUGAUUCACAUUGUUGUAUAAUUGCUGCCCUAUUCUAAGCGUUUUGCCCACUUAAUUUUUGUCGGUGUGUACAUAUGGAGUCUUAUUGUACAGUCCAUGGCAAAGUAAUGUUGUAUUGACGGCUGGAACAAGUGAUGCCACAUGCCUAUUUUAUUGGUGUUUUGAGUUUAUUAUUUUCAAGUUUCAGUGAAAUGCAGUUUAUAUUAAUACUUUCUAAAAAUUGUUAUUUAAGGUUUAUAAAUAAUGAAAAAUAAGUUUUGUUCAAUAGAAUAAAGUGUUUCAAGAUGUUUGAAAUGAUACUGGCUAAAUAUAAACUGAACUAGAAAAAUUAGAAUUGUUCAUAUAAUUUUUCCUAAAUAUGAUUCAAAAUUCCAUUUCUCCAAAAAAUUGAUAUUCAAAAAGUUUAAAAAUAAAAUUGAACAUUUUUCCAGCAAAAGUCAUCUGUUUAUCUAAAUUAUGACAUCACAAUGUCAAAAUUACCUCCCAAAAAGGAUUGAAGAUAGCAAAUCACCUAUCCUUCUAUCUUGUCCUAUAACUACAUGGUUUACAUGUUCUAAUGAGUUUGAGUUACCGUACUUUAUUGUAGCAAAGUUCGGCCAGGAUUAGUUAGAUUUAUUACUGCUUUAUUGGAAAUAGAUAAAAGACAAAUACAUGAAUUCUCUUUAUAACUCUUAUAUAGUAUUGCAUAUACAUUUAUUUUAUCUUAAAAAUUUCAUAAAAUUAUUUUUGUUCGAGGACCAAAAGCUAUUCGUUAUUUCAUAUUCUGGUUACCUCACCUGUUAUGAAAACUAACUAAAAUCAAAGAAAGACCAAGCAUUAAGUUUAUAUAUUAAUCAGUAUGAGCUUCUUAUGAAUCAUAUUACCUAAGAAGUUUGCCCAUACAGACAGAGAAAAAAAUUUGUGCAUGAUGAUAACUGCAAUCAAAUUCUCUUUUUAUCCAUUUUCAGAUUCAGCUCUCUAAAUAUAAACACAUAUAAUGUUUGUCUUUUUGCAUGGCUCAUUUAGGGCCCGUACCCAGUAUUGGAAACAAAUUUUUAUUGUUGUGAUGUGCUGGAGUUCAUUUUUUGUUAGUUUGAAACCUGUCGCAUUCCUUUUUUCCUUCUGUCUUAAGUAUCAAUGCCCUCGCCCUCGUAUUUUUAACUUUGCUUUAUUUUAUCCUUCGUUCAAGAUGCCAGUGUUCUUUGCCCUUAUUUUGUACAUAGUGGAUACUACUACUUGGUAAUAUUAUUUUAUUUCUCAUGUUCGUUCAGAAUUUUGUGUUGUUGUUUAAUUUUGUGUUUUUUUUUUCUUUUAUUAUUCGUGCUUACCGGUGACUUUGUAGCAUAAAAAACUGAAUAUUAUGUCGAGUUUGAAAAUAAUGCUGAAACUUGUUUUUUCCUUGACAAAUUUGAAGUAAUUUAACAUGUUUGACUAUGGCGUCAACCAUACUUCUUCCAAAUUGGUGUUGCUGAUUGGCUUUUUGUGUUUUAGCUAAUAGCAAUGUCUUGUAUAGUACAGAAUUUAAAUAUUAUAUAUAUAUAUAUUAUAUAUGAAACCUAGUUGAAGUUAAAAUCUGUCUGGCCAAGUCUGGAUUUGAUCUCAGACAUAACAAAAAAACAUGUUCAUCUGCAAUCCAAACUUGGCUAAGGUCAAUUUCUAACUAGGACCGCUUGUGUAUGUCAUUGUUACUAUUCUCUGCUGCUCUUUGACCCUUUUAUCACCCUUGACCCCUUAUUAAUAACAAAAGUAUACUAGUUAUGACUGCCAUCAUGCUGGCGCAUUAUAUCUAUUGUCGUCUAAAGUAAAACAUACCAGUACGCUAGCAUUCUGUUAAAUAUAAAUAGUGAUAUAUUAUAUAGAAACAAAAAAUGGCUAUUUA